UGUAGAGGAUCUUUUUUUUUUUUCAUUUUUUAAGUUUAUAUUUUGCAGAAAUGUAGUUCUUUUCUUUUGUAUUUCUUUGUAUACACUCAAACAUACAUACAUGCAUACACACAUACAUACGUCUAUAUGACACUGUCUAUAUAAUAUCAUAAACACUUGUCUAUAAACUUUAUAUAUUAUUUUAAAUUCAUAUAUUUUUCCCUUUCUCUUUUGUUUGACACACCAUAAAAACACUAGGUUCAUUAAGGGCUAAGGUGUAUAUAUAUAUAUAUAUAUAUAUUCAUAGAGUACGGAGCAAGUUGCUUUCUUGUAUUUUAGCUAUCCAAAAAGUUUCAAUUUGUAGUUGCUGAAUAUCGCAAUGUGACUGAUUCUGUGUUGCUUUAAAUCUCCGCCUCACCAUUUCCUAAUAUUUAGAGCCUCAAAAGGAUUUACCCAUCUCAAAAGGAACCACGUGGAGUACAGAUUAUAUUUACCAUUUUUACCAAUUAUACCUAAAUGGAUAUUAUUAAUUACUAAUUCUUCAAGGAAACUUGGUUUUUACUAGGAGUCAAAGAGGGGAAAUAUAUAUUAAAAAAAACAUUAAAAACCAAACUUGCCAGCAAACCUUCUUCAAACCAAUUUAAAACUAAAACCAAAUCCAUUCGAAACAAGGAAUUUUUCAAACUUGGAAACAUAUUUUAUUUGUCAGAAAAGAAAAACACCAAAGAAUUUAUUAAAACCAUAAAAACCAAUAUUGCAAUAAACAUGGCAGUAAAUAAAGAAAAACCUUUAGCGUUUACCACUUCUUUUUCUCGACCGUUCUACAUUGAUCUGUUUGUGCUGAUUGUCUGUGUUCUUGGACUGGCUAAUGCUCAGCAACCACCUUGCAUAGUCAAGGGGUGCAUCUACACUCGUUUGCCGUGGUACGGCUAUUUAAUUCAAAAGACAUUCCACAGAGACAUGGCAAAAAUUCAGUACCAGUUAUGGUACCCGGUUAGUGAAUGCUGUGCAAAUCUGCUGAUUUAUUAUGAUGACCAGUUGCGUACACUCAACGACAAAAUGUCAUGUUCAGAAAGGGAACGUAUUUUACCUGCAGAUAAUAACCAAAUUAUACCCCUCUACACGGGGAAUCACAAAUCUGUAGGUUGUAAAAUAUCGAAUGAAACAGGUAAAUCAAUUUAUGUGUGUAUUGGUGAACGAACAUUUCGAUCAACUGGUGCCCGAACCUGGUAUUUUGCUAUAAGUCGUUGUAGUUCCAAAACCCACUUAAACUUAAACUAUUUCUUUAAUAUUACAGGAUUCUAUGGAACCUGUGAAGAAGACGCCCUGUCUUUCUCUAAGACUUAUAUUCCUCCCAAACAGAACAAUGGUACAAACCUUUAUGCUGUUAUUUUUGGUGUUGUGUCCGGCGUGAUGUUGAUUUUGGCUGUUCUUUUCUUCUCAUUGUGGUGCGUAGCUGUCCGGCGUAAAACAAGUGGCUCAGUUACCUCGAGCCAAGCAACUAUGACCCAUGACAUAUUCUACGUGAACCAUUCGCUCUCUGACCGCGAGCAGGCCGACUACUCGCAGUCAAGUUCGGAGAACUACUAUGAGGUGAUCCCGGAAAGAAGAAGCUAUGAAAGCAUCAGUGCACAGGCUGCAUCGACAGCAGAACGCCACCACAGCCUGCGUACGCACGCGACCCUCGCCAAAGAGCACCGAACGCAUACGACAUACAUCUUCGACGACUACCCCCCUCCUCCCUACCAUCCUCCCCAGCCCACUCCAAGCAAAGGCCAACCACAGCGGCAGCCAGUCCAGGUUAUCCAGGCAAUGCAGCCCAUUCAGAGCUUGCAGACAGGUAUGCAGACCAGUUUGCAGUCUACCAUGCAACCCAGCAUGCAGUCUACCAUGCAACCUAGCAUGCAGCCUAGCCUGCAGACCACUCUUCAGCCUAGCCUGCAGACAACUCUUCAGCCUAGCCUGCAGACAAGCAUGCAAAGUAGUAUACCAACAGCUGUUAUGCAACCCAAGUUUCAAUCAGCACUCGAAACCAGUGCAUGAAGUAAUACACCAAUGAGAUUUUCAAGCUAAAACUUUGCUUCAGACAUGAAAAAAGAAAAAAAUAAAGAAAUCUAAAUGCCAGAUUUAUUAAGUCUUUCCUUAUCUUUGAUAAUUCCAUGCAUCGAUGUUUGCAAAUCAAGCAACUCUUGUCAUUAAUUCCAAGCAAGGAGCGGGGAACCUUUAAGUGAUUUGCUGCGUAUCACUUCUUUGUUCCUCCAAAUCUUGAAUUGAACUAGCAAAUUCAAACCUCCUCCAACAAAAACAACAACUGCUACAACAGUAUGGUUAUGAGAAUGACCAAAUUAUAAAUGAUAUAAAGGCCACCCCUUUUGGAAUAACGAUAAUUCACAUUGGCCGAAAAAAAAAGCAAAAAAAGUUUUUUUUUCAGAUGAUAUUUUUGUUCCAGAAAAAUAAAUAAUUAAAAAUGAAACAAAAAAAAUAAAAAGAGGGGAGAUUCUUGCCUGCUUCCUUCGUUAUUUCAUAGAGAAAAAUGAAAGACAAGAAUAUCAAACAUCUUUCUAUUUCUCUUGGGCAGUGGCAUUUCUGCAAUGUUUCUUGGAGACAAUGACUUUUAAAAAUAUAUUCCAGCAUCAUGCGUGUGUGCGUAUGUAUGUAUGCGCAUAUAUAUAUAUAUAUAUAUAUAUAUAUAUAUAUAUAUAAUAUAUAUGCACACACAUGUGCAUACACACUCACAUUUGAAGCUGGAAAUGAACAGGUGAAACUGUACCAUACAAACAUCUUAACUUACCAAAUACCCAUUCCAAUUAAUGGAUUAUGGCUCAACACGUGCUGAAAUAUUAAAUACCACCCUAAUUUUUUUUUUAAUGAUGUUAAUAUAAUAAAAAUAAUAAUAAUGAUAACAAUUAUUAUUAUUACUAAUUUGACAUUGAACAAACCUCGAAAACAAACAAAAGACAUAAGGAAACAAAUAAUGAUUAAUACUCAUUAUUUUAAAUUAAAAACAAUACGGUCUUUUGUCCGUAUACCAUCUCAUUGCUUUGACAAAAAAAAAAAACAGAAAAAAAUUUGAAAUUAA